AUGACGGUAUUCUCAGGAUCGAGUGCGCUUUCGAGUGUGCCCAACCACUCGUACUAUGCGAUCCCUGCUGCGUGGGUGCUGGCAGUCCUGCCGCACUUCUAUGCUGUUGCGCUGUCAAAGGGCCAGUUCAAGAACGCGCACCCGCGCCAGCUGCUGCACGACCUGCUGGCCAAGAAGACCAAGACUGCCAACGACGCCAAGAUCAUUCGCGCCGAAAGCGCCCAGCUCAACGGAUUUGAGAACCUCGGACUGUUUGCAGCGGCUGUUGUCGCGGCGAACGUGGCCAAGGUGCCCAACAGCGAGCUCAACACGCUCACUGCCACUUACCUCGCCAGCCGUGCGCUCUUCAACCUGCUCUACAUCUUUGUGACGCAGGAAUCGACCGCUACUCUGCGCAGUGCGUCGUUCCUCACGGGCGUCGGCACCAUCUGGACGCUCUUCAUCAAGGCAGGUCUGCGUGCGGUGUGA